CUUAACUACUAUAUUAAACGUCAACACACAUCUUUUUUCUCCUAAUUCUGAAUUGAUUUUUGGAUUAACAGUGGUUUAACACGUGUGUGCUUUUGUGGUCUGAUUUCCGCACUCUCUUUUUUGUGUACGUUUCGAUGCUGUCUAGCAAUUCCAUCGUCUGUUAGUACAGCGUUUUGGUACCUUGGUCGUGUGGCCGUAGCCACGAAGAAGCUAGGCGGUCAAAGCGCUGCUACGACUAUCAUUUACCUCGUAGACGUAACUUCUCUCUGGAUUUUCCCCUCCACUCUCGAUUUCUUUUUUUUUGCUGCCGCCCCCGACCUUCCCCGCACGCGCGCCGCCCAUGCCGCCAUGGUGCCGCCCCUGCAGAUCCCCACUAUCACGAGACCACUAUGAGGGUCCCCAUGCUCCGAUCUCCUCCUCACCUGGCCCGCUCGCCGCCCCCGUGCUUCUUCCGAGGACGUCCUCCAUGGGCUUUCUCAUGGGCGCGUGCUCUGGAGACGGCAUCCCUCUGCUCUUCUCCUCACCGUUGUGGACCUCUGCGGGCGUAGAACAUGGGGAGGAGGGCCAUCUUGCCGAGUUCCAUAGGCCGGCCAUGGUGGCUGCCUCACCAGCAGCACCUCUGGCCAUCGGCGCACCGACACCACCUCGAACAGCGGAGCAAGGAGGACGAGGAUGGCGCGCCACAAGGCCUCUGGUCGAUCUGGGUGGGGUGUGGUUUCCCCUCCGCGAUAGAGAGAUCCAGAUCGUGCCCUGUCUGGGUGUGUUCGCUCCCUCUAGAUGGACGCUGAAAGGGUCCUCUUCCUCCGCGCUCCAGCCGGGGUAGACUGCCUGUCUGUGGCUGUGGGAGGCGUGCCAGUUCAGCCAACUCACGUUCUGGUUUGGCUCCUCCGCCGUCGCGCCGGCGGCAUGAUCUUUGAUUGACAUCUGGGGUGAUACACGAUGGGGUGUAGAGACCGCAUCAGUCUCUUAUUUAGACGCCAUGUCCUGGGAUGGAUGCAGUAUUUAGACGCCAUGUCCUGGGAUGGAUGCAGGCAACGCAAGAGGCAACAAAGCUCUAUGUCAAUCACAUCAGCAACAUAAUUAAGUAAAAUAUGUCUCUCUCUUUGAAAUAUUGCACUUCUAAUUCAUGAUGUAAGAUUUUCUGAUGUUUCAGGAUUCAGAUUAUGCUCAUGAAGCACUCAAAUUAGAGGAAUUAAUCUUAAUUGCUUUUGAAGUGCUCUAAGUUCUCUCUCUAAUUUUUUACAUAGCAUUGGGGUCGUAAAUUAUGUCAGUGGUCUUAGUCAGGGAGGUUAUGUUCAAAAAAAAUUAACCUGUUCUACCAAUAUGCUGUUAGACUGCAUCUUCUAUUUGGAUGUGUGUGCUCUUUUAAAAAGCUAAGCCAAUGCAGGCACCAAUUCAGUGCUAUCUUGCUCUCGCUGGUGGGACAACAGGCUCGCAAGCUCUCUCAGUUGUGCACAAGAAUGCUUUUUCUGCAGGUUUAUUCUUCAGGGACAUGUCCGAUCAGGGAAUUUUGAGGUGAUUAAAGGCGUCCUCACUGCUAUAAGGUGUCAUUGACUAAAUGUUCUUUUUGAUAUAUUGCCCUUAGGUGUGUCAUUUUCUUGCUGCCUAUUGCAGAAUAAAGAACCUAUCAUUUGUUUCCCAAUUUUAUGAAGCUGGAUAACGUUUGUACCUAUCUCAUUAAACAUGCCAUUGUGUAAAACGUAGUUUUUUAAAUCUAUGGGUACAUUUAGAUAAUUGUACACCUAUUACAAUGUAAUAUCAUAUCAUGGUUUCCAUUUUUCACUAUAUUA